CUCGUGGUAUCAACCUUGGUGCCCAUGGCUGCCGUCGGAAGGGUGUUCCGAAGCGCUGUGCAUGGCCGACGCAUCGGCCUGGUUUCCCGCACAAGUUGCGGUGGUUGUGGUGCCGCGAGAUGUGUUGCUCCUACUACAGCAACUGCGAUGAUCUGUCGCUCUCUCUCGACGGAAGGGGCCUCGCUGCGGAAGGUGUUCCAGUCCUCUGCAAAAGAGUCCACGGCCAAAGGCGGGCGACCAAAAGAGGAGGAAACCGUCACUGACGCCUCUCGUUAUUCUUCGUCACAUACGCAAACACCAAAGCCGACGCGGGCAAUAGUAAGAGGCGUAACAGAUGUUGACAGCGGCUGCGUGGCAGGGAACGACGGGCGGGCGGUUGGAGAGAGCGAAGGAAAGACUGCGGACACAAGUGAAGGCGCGCAACAUACUUCGUCCAGCGGUGCGGGGGUGUCGGACUCGACUCCAUCCUCAUCUGCGUCCCCCCUCCCCUUCCACCAAGGGAAUUACAUGGAGUUCGCUCCAAGGAUUACGGUGGUCGGCUGCGGCGGGGCGGGGGGAAAUGCUGUGAGCAAUAUGAUUGCACGCAACCUUAAGGGCGUGGAGUUUAUGGUCUGCAACACAGACGCGCAACACCUGUCCACGACGUUGACGGACAACCGGCUACAGCUGGGGAGGAGCGUCACGGAGGGGCUGGGCUGCGGCGCGAACCCGGACGCCGGCCGAAAGGCAGCGGAGGAGUCGAAGGAGGAGAUCUUGAAGAUGAUCGAGGGGUCGCACAUGGUUUUCAUAGCGGCGGGGAUGGGAGGAGGCACGGGGACCGGGGCUGCGCCGGUUAUCGCCGAGGCUUGCAUGGAGGCCGGCAUCCUUACCGUUGCCGUCGUCACCAAGCCGUUCCACUUCGAGGGUAGCCUCCGGAUGCGCCUCGCCGAGGAGGGCCUGCGUUUCCUCGCCUCUACGGUGGACACCCUGAUCGUCAUCCCCAACCAGAACCUGUUUCAGAUGGUGGACAAGCAGACGUCGUUCCUGGAUUCCUUCAGGCUCGCCGACGACGUGCUUCUGGCGGGAGUCCGAAGCGUGACGGACCUCAUGGUUAACCCGGGGCUGAUCAACCUCGACUUCGCGGACGUUCAGUCGGUGAUGGCCGGAAUGGGCAACGCCAUGAUGGGUACGGGGGAGGCCGAGGGGGAGGGUCGAGCGAUACGGGCGGCCGAGGACGCGCUCAGCAAUCCCUUGCUCGGGGAGCUGUCAGCGAAGACGGCUAAGGGUCUUCUGGUGAACAUCACCGGCGGCGAGGACCUGACCCUGUUCGAGGUGGACGAGGCAGCCUCCAGGGUCACCGACGAGGUCGACGACAGCUCGGCCAACAUCAUCGUGGGGUCUACCUACGACUCCGGGCUCAGCGGCACCAUGCGCGUGUCGGUGGUGGCCACGGGUAUCGACGGAGACCACUUCUAGAUGUGCUGCUGUGGCCGACGGGGGGGGGUAUGAACUGCCCAUCAUCACGGGGAGUGCGUGGAGAUCAUUUCUCCGUUUAUGGUGUAGGGUUAAUCCUCUUGCAAGCGUUUGAGCUGACGAUACACGACCCGUUGCAAAGAGGAACGACCUAUUACUGUAGCCUGGGGUGGGAAUGGGCUAGGGUUUAGAAGAAGAGGUGGCGGGGGGAGGGGGCAGGCAGAAGUUGUUCUGCCGGUUGUGGAUGCUCGAAAGAUGAGGGCAGCACCAACCGCUCGCUGCUUGCAUCCAGGAUUACGAUUUAGUUAUGAAAGCCUUUGGUGAAGCACGGGCGUGCGGCGGGGGGACGGGGGGUCCGCGGCGCUCCUGACUGAUGGCUCCCAAGUACAUCGUUCGCUCCCCAGCUACACCUUUUUGUCGUUGUGCUUUACCCUACUUUUUGUUUUCUGCCUGAAGAGAGGAGAGGAGCACACACCGAAUCGUGUUUGACGCGUACAGUACAGGCUGCAAUUUUCAAAAAAUGAAUUUUCGGUGGGCCGAACGGGCGUCUUUGCUUGUGGUGUAUACCCCCCCGGCCGCCCGAAGCACGCCACUCCUCGAUUGCGUUUGUUUUUGUAGUGUUUUUACUUUCCCAAGCAAAUGGAAAUGUACGACAUGUUACGUACAACACGUUAGUUUAAGUCUACAGGGUUGAAGUUGUGUAGAGGCCGCCCCGUUUUGCUCUGGAGCCGCCGCCGCC